UUCCGUGGGUGACACGUCUCUUUCCCGCAUCAUGUAAGCCAGAGGGAACUGUUCUGAACGUGUCCCAGGAUGCUCGCACAUCCAAGUGUGUCCGUGGGGAGGCCCAGCAGGAAGGCCUCUGUGAGGUCCCCACCCUGGGGUGUCCGUGGGGAGGCCCAGCAGUGAGAAGGCCUCUGUGAGGUCCCCACCCUGGGGUGUCCGUGGGGAGGCCCAGCAGUGAGAAGGCCUCUGUGAGGUCCCCACCCUGGGGUGUCUGUGGGGAGGCCCAGCAGUGAGAAGGCCUCUGUGAGGUCACCACCCUGGGGUGUCCGUGGGGAGGCCCAGCAGUGAGAAGGCCUCUGUGAGGUCACCACCCUGGGGUGUCCGUGGGGAGGCCCAGCAGUGAGAAGGCCUCUGUGAGGUCCCCACCCUGGGGUGUCUGUGGGGAGGCCCAGCAGUGAGAAGGCCUCUGUGAGGUCCCCACCCUGGGGUGUCCGUGGGGAGGCCCAGCAGUGAGAAGGCCUCUGUGAGGUCCCCACCCUGGGGGGUCCGUGGGGAGGCCCAGCAGGAAGGCCUCUGUGAGGUCCCCACCCUGGGGUGUCCGUGGGGAGGCCCAGCAGUGAGAAGGCCUCUGUGAGGUCCCCACCCUGGGGUGUCCGUGGGGAGGCCCAGCAGUGAGAAGGCCUCUGUGAGGUCCCCACCCUGGGGUGUCUGUGGGGAGGCCCAGCAGUGAGGAGGCCUCUGUGAGGUCACCACCUGCUCCGGGCAGAACCCCACGGAUGGAGACGGGCGAGCUCCUCAGCACGGGCCGCCAUGCCUCGCUGCGCAAACCCCCUCUUCAGAAACAUCGUCCUCAGGAGCCCGUUUGAUGGCGUCAGGAGGAAGCAAUGCCUCCAGUACCUGCAGACGCUGAGGAGGCUGCAGUUUGACGGGUUCAAGACGGUGUAUUUGGGGGAAACAGAGAUCCCCGAGAGCCUGGCCACCGGGGAGGACUUCAGGGGCGGGCUCUGCGUGCCCAGUCCGAGCUGGUGCGUGGUGCACGCGGGGGGCAGCCAGGGCUGGGUGCCGUGGCGGUACCGGGUGUUCCUGAGGGACGAGCUGAGCGUCCGCCCGGAAGACGGCUUCUUCGCCGAGUUCUGCGAGGCGGCGAGGAAGACCUACGGGAAGUGCGCCAUCGUGGUCAAGGACGCCCGGCGGCCGGAGGCCCGGCCCACGGAGGACGGGGAGCCCCAGGCCCAGGCCCGCGCCCGGUCCGUCGUCCACCUGACGAGCAUCGCCUGCUGCCCCGACGUGGCCAGGGCCUGCGGCCACGAGCUGCUCUGCCUGCCCUCCCCCUACAACUACCUGAACCCGCUGGACCUGGCCUGGUCCUCGCUCAAGUGGUUCAUCAUCAACAACAGGAAGGAGUUCUGCCUGCAGUCCAUCGACAGCGUCUACGCCUACCAGUUCCUCCUCCUCAGCGACCUCAUCAGCAGAGGGAUGGAGCGGGUCAGCCCGAGCAAGUGGCGGACGCUCAUCAACAAGGUGCGCCGGUGGGAGAACUACUACCUCGGCAAGUUUUCUUAGGGGCGGGCCCUCGCCGAGCGGCCACACCGCGUCCGGGGCUGGCGGGGCCACGGCCUCCCUGGACCACGGCAGCCACCGGUACUCCCACGGCGACCGCGCAGGGACGCCACGAGGACCGCGGCUCCCAGGGGCGUGGGCGAAGCGCCGCGGCUCAGUAAAGCUUCCCGGGAGAUGAGGGUCUGGGCUCCUGUGUACGGUGACUUUGGGGCUAUGCCGGGGCGGACUGGGGCAGCCCAGCUCGGGGGGCCUGGUGGUGAGCAAGGUGGACAGAGCUCAAGGCCGUGGCCAACGUUUAGGUCUCAGAAACGGGAGACGCGUGCGCAGGCCCUCAGAAGCCGAAGCUAAGGAGUGUGCCCACCCGUGUCCGGCCCCACACGACCCACGGAGCCAGGCGUGCUCACAUACCCCACGCACGUUCUCUGCUCAGAGGCCGGGCCCCGCCCGCUUUGUCCACAUUAAACCAGCGCGGAGGAGUGGCACCCCGAACUCGACGUCGGGUGGUUUUGCUUUUCAAACCCACGCAGCGCUUGCUGGUGCCCCCUGCUCAGCUGGUCACCGAGAAGGCCUGCUCCUCCCACCGCGAGCCCGGCUUCCGGGGCCCCGCCUCCUGCCGUUGUGUGGACUCUGACUUUUGUGGUGGCAGCUCUGCCAGCUGUCUGGUGUGAUGUCAGGUGAGCCUCACGCCACGUGAACCGAGGGGUGAGGAGCAAACACGCAGCUGCCCACAGACGUAAGGAACGCGGCGCCGCCCUGCACGGACCGCCCGGCCGGGGCACCGAGGGGCCGGGGCCAGAGGGGCCAGGAUGGAACGAGCUCCGGCCUUUUAACUCUGAGGCCGGGGGCGAGCUCCCUGGCUGCCCUGAGGCCGAGGGGGGCGGGCCUGAAACGCUGGGCACCCGCCGCCCCGCGGGGCCUGGGCCUCAGUACGCGGUGCCCCUGCCCGUCGAGUCCAGCUCAGUGUCCUGGUUCAGACCGAACCCUGACCUCACUUCCUGUCUGCUCUUCAGGGGAACCCUCCCUGUGCCCCAGCACAACCAGACUCGCUUUCAGAUACGUGA